GGAUGCGGCGGCGCUCGCGGAUGCUGCUGUGCUUCGCGCUGCUCUGGGUGCUGGGCAUCGCCUACUACAUGUACUCGGGGGGCGGCUCCGCGCUGGCCGCGGGCGGGGGCGGCGCCGGCAGGAAGGAUGACUGGAAUGACAUCAACCCCAUUAAAAAGAAAGAUCUUCACCACAGCAAUGGAGAUGAGAAAGCCAAGAGCGUGGAGACCCUCCCUCCAGGGAAAGUCCGUUGGCCAGACUUCAACCAGGAGGCGUACAUUGGUGGGACAAUGGUUCGCUCUGGGCAGGACCCCUAUGCACGCAACAAGUUCAACCAGGUGGAGAGUGACAAGCUAAGGAUGGACAGGAGCAUCCCUGACACCCGGCAUGACCAGUGUCAGCGCAAGCAGUGGAGGGUGGACCUGCCAGCCACCAGCGUGGUGAUCACAUUUCACAAUGAAGCCAGGUCGGCCCUGCUGCGGACGGUAGUCAGCGUCCUUAAGAGGAGCCCACCCCAUCUCAUCAAGGAGAUAAUUCUGGUGGACGAUUACAGCAAUGACCCUGAGGACGGGGCCCUCUUGGGGAAGAUCGAGAAAGUGAGGGUCCUCAGGAACGACCGACGAGAAGGUCUGAUGCGCUCUCGGGUCCGGGGUGCCGACGCUGCUCAGGCCAAGGUCCUGACCUUCCUGGACAGUCACUGUGAGUGUAACGAGCGAUGGCUGGAGCCGCUGCUGGAGCGAGUCGCUGAGGACAGGACGCGGGUGGUGUCCCCGAUCAUUGACGUCAUUAACAUGGACAACUUCCAGUACGUGGGCGCUUCUGCCGACCUCAAGGGGGGUUUUGACUGGAACUUGGUGUUCAAGUGGGAUUACAUGACGCCGGAGCAGAGACGGUCGCGCCAGGGAAACCCGGUGGCCCCAAUAAAGACCCCCAUGAUUGCCGGCGGCCUGUUCGUGAUGGACAAGCUGUACUUUGAAGAGCUUGGGAAGUACGACAUGAUGAUGGAUGUGUGGGGGGGCGAGAACCUCGAGAUCUCAUUCCGCGUGUGGCAGUGCGGCGGCAGCCUGGAGAUCAUUCCAUGCAGCCGUGUGGGGCAUGUGUUCCGGAAGCAGCACCCCUACACAUUCCCAGGCGGCAGUGGCACUGUCUUUGCCCGGAACACGCGGCGGGCAGCUGAGGUCUGGAUGGAUGAAUACAAAAACUUCUACUAUGCAGCAGUGCCUUCCGCCCGAAAUGUGCCCUAUGGAAAUAUUCAGAGCAGGCUGGAGCUCAGGAAAAAGCUGGGCUGCAAGCCCUUCAAGUGGUACCUGGACAAUGUCUACCCGGAGCUGAGGGUUCCAGAUCACCAGGACAUAGCUUUUGGGGCCUUGCAGCAGGGAACCAACUGCCUGGACACCUUGGGACACUUUGCUGAUGGAGUUGUUGGGAUUUAUGAGUGUCACAACGCUGGAGGAAACCAGGAAUGGGCCUUGACGAAGGAGAAGUCGGUGAAGCACAUGGACCUGUGCCUUACUGUGGUGGACCGCUCGCCUGGCUCCCUCAUCAGGCUGCAGGGCUGCCGGGAGAACGACAGCAGACAGAAGUGGGAGCAGAUCGAGGGCAACUCCAAGCUCCGGCACGUGGGCAGCAACCUAUGCCUGGACAGCCGCACAGCCAAGAGUGGAGGCCUGAGCGUGGAGGUGUGCGGUCCGGCCCUGUCACAGCAGUGGAAGUUCUCACUUAACCUGCAGCAAUAGGGGGCCCCCACCGUCCGCCUGCACACCAGCCACGUUUGGCCAACACAUCAUUGUUUCUGACACUUCCGCAAAACUAUAUACCUCAGUGUUCCAUCGUGAUCUGAAAGUCUCAAGUCUUCAGCGAGGCGUGAGCUGUGCAGAAGAGGAAACGGGCCCCUGGGGCUCAGGACAGAGGCUCCCUCCCAAGGCUGGCACUCUCUGCCACUUUCCACUUCCCGCUCACGCCCAGCAGAACAGCCCAGUGCUGCUUGGAACAAGUGGACAAGCAGCAAGCAUGUUUCUUUGAGGACAGGGGGCAGGGCAAGUGCCCUUACAGCAAGAACUCAACAAUCUCCAUUUUGUUUUUUUACCUUUCCAAAAUUGUGUGUGUGAACCGGGCAUGGUGGCCAGUGCCUGUAAGUCCAUCACUCAGGAGGCUGAAGCAGGCAAGACCCUGUCCAGGGAAAACAAAAGAAAGCGAUGCCCAGAGAGCUGCCCUUUACUUGCAGGCUUCCUCUCUUUCCCUGUCUUUGCACCUCUGGGCUCGCUGGCCUCCGAUGGUCCCCUCUCCAGCUGACAUACUCGAUGUGUUAGAACAUGGACUUUCCUGUGUGGCCACUAACUAGAGAUUCAUAGAAAGAAUAAUGAUCCACUCCCCGUGCUCUCCUACAUCACCCUGUGAACCCCUCAGCGCAGCUCGGCCAUGCAGAGGGGCUGUGCUCCCGGAGCAAAGGUGGCAUUGCUGUCCCCGGAGCCUCACCAGCCACCAACACUGCUCUUCCAGCCGGAGGCAUCCGCUGAGUGCCCAUUGUCAUCUCUACGCCUAAAUAGGUUACCCCUUUUGGCAAGCAUUGCUUUGGGUUUUCUUUUAAAAUUAGAUUUCUGUUCUUUAGGAAAACUCAACCCUACAGCUUCUAACCAGUGUGAGCCAGCAGGACCCCACUGCCUGGCGACAGGCCAGGCACACUGACAGCUGUCACAUGCUCUCCCCAGGCUCAUAGUGGCUUGAGACCCUUUGAUACUAAGCAGGCUGCCACAGAGCACUGAAGAGCCUUCAGCGUGUAGGUGGACCCCACAUGGCUGCAGCCCUGGUGUGGGUAACACCCCCAGGUACAUCCACAGGAAUUGUGGGUAGAGUUCAGACCACAAGGCCCCUGCACUCACGCGGAGGACCUAGGCAGGUGUCAGUCACAGAGCUGACCUGAGUGCAGGCAGGGGAAGGGAUGCCUGGGUAAGCAUCGAACCCACAUCUCCGCUGUCCCAGAGAUCACGGGUACCAGAGCUUCCGGUGUGCAGAGGGGCCCGCCUGCGCCCAGAGGGGGUGUGGCUAGGCUUCUACUUGAGGCACUCCAUGUGCGCACACGCCAGGGCCACGGACCCUCUGUGAAGGCCCGGCCCGGUGCUGACCCUGUCUUUUUACCCCUGCCAAGCAACCAUCAAAAGACGCGCUAUCACAGACAGGUGCCCAUGUGUCUAAGUCCACACAUGUCCACCUUCCGGGUAGGCUGUGAGGACAGUCACUCACAGGUACGGGUGCAGAGCUGUGGAGGACAAGGCAGGAGCACGCUGGAGCAGUCCAGACAGUCUGUGCUGAUGAAGCCUGGCACCUCUGCACCGCCAUUCUAAGAGUGAAAAACAUGUGAAGCUCCAUGGGCUGUUUUUAACUGCGGGUGUGAGUGGAGUCGCCCGGCCACACACUCACACCCCACCCCACCCUGCGGUCUCCUCACCUGUACCAUCUGAUUGUCUGGCCACCGGGCACGGCUCAGCCCGCCUCUGGACAGAGUGGGGCUGGGCGGGGCCUCGUGCGAGCCAUGUUUACAUGAGUGUGCCAAAGUGACCCGUCGCGCUUGCAUUGCUUGUGAUCAUCGGGUCUGUGCCGCCCUGCCACUCCUGUUUCUAAAACUAAGACCUUCCAGGAGCCCUGGGCGCACGCAGGCAAAGGUGGUCGUCUUCUGUGGUGGUCCUUGCGUCUCUGUGAAGCUGAAAAUGAUGGUAUCUGUGAGUAUGUUUUGCAAAUUCAAAAUAUAGUUUGGUAAUUUUUUUUCCAGUUGAUUUUUAAAAAAAGAACUGCUGUACAGAGCUUGUACUUUGUCCAUUUUAUAGAUGGAAACCAUCCUUGAAAUUGUUUAACUUAAAUAAAGAGAAGAUACUUUAUAGAUAA